AUUGAUAUCUGCACGAAGUGUCGACAGAGGCUCCUUAUAUCGCUGAUGUUUGAAAGAAAUCAUUGAGAGAACACAUGACAUAAAAUAGAUGAAAGACAAUGCUACAGGGGUGCCCUCUUUUCCACAACAUGACCUGUCUUCUCCAAUAUUAAUAGUCCGAAACAGUUUAAAGGAAGAACUUGAUAAUUGCACGAGCCCAAACCCGAAUGAGUCAUUCGCUUGUCUUGCGCUAUUCUCGCCUUCUGAGCGCGGCUGUGUGGUGCCGGAAGCUUACACAAAAAUUUGUUCACCAGCUUCCAGUUUAAAGAUGCAGGAAACUUGGAGACCUUGUCCUGGACAGAGCUUCAAGACAUUCGCUGAGUUCCAAGAGUUGUUUGAGGAUUUCCAGGAGAGGUCACAUUCUGUUUGGGUGAGAAACUCAUCGCAGACUGUGGCCCAGGCAAAUGAGUACUUGGAAAAGAAGAACGCAGAAUUGAUUGACGCAGCAUUGGUGUACAAGAAUAUCAUGUUUACAUGCAAAUUUGGUGGCAAGCAGAGGGGAAGAAUUGGUUUCACUGAUGACCAGAGGGCUCAGAAAGUGCGAUGUCAUGCUGAAAUUUUGUUAGCGUACAACCAUGUAUCCAAAGCACUUGUAAUCCGCUCAGUUAACUUGGACCACAACCAUCACCUAUAAUGUGCAUCUUGGUGCUGAUACGAUUUCAAAUGUCAUGUUCUAUGCCAUGCCAUUAGUUCAAGGACCAAUAUUCUUUUUUUCUCCUUCUUGCCUGUAAGGACAUCUGUGUCAGAAAUCCACUUCUGUCAUUUUAUGAGUAGGUGUUUUGUUUGAAAAUGCGGGGCAAGUUUUCAGAAUAAAGUAUAAUGCUUACUUUAAA